AUGGCACGAUCCGCCAUCGUGCAAGAGUACGACACUCCCCCCACCACGCGCUCCGUAACCUUCAGCGUCGACCAAAAAACCAACUACGAGCGUCUACACAAUGGCAUCACACGUCCCAAGGGCUACACAGUCUCUUACCACGCCAACCCAGCCGUCGAAGCGCACCAUUUCGGGUCUUCUCAUCCCAUGAAACCAUGGCGUUUGGUGCUGACCAAAGAACUCGUCCUCGCCUACGGAAUGCAUCACGCCAUGGACCUAUAUCUCAGUCGUGCAGCAACAUUCGAAGAAAUGGCCGAGUUUCAUACAGAGGACUAUCUCGAGUUUUUGAGACAGGUUAUCCCCGCUGAUAUGGAGGCCGCGGAACAAUCGGAUCGGAUUGCGAGUUAUAAUAUUGGAGAUGAUUGUCCGAUUUUUGAUGGGUUGUUUAAUUAUUGUUCGCUUUAUGCGGGCGGGACGGUGGAUGCGGCGAGGAAGUUGGUCAAUAAUCAGGCGGAUAUCGCGAUUAAUUGGUCGGGGGGUUUGCAUCAUGCGAAAAAGACGGAGGCGAGUGGGUUUUGUUAUGUGAAUGAUAUCGUUUUGGGGAUUUUACAAUUACUUCGUUUCCAUCCGCGCGUCAUGUACAUCGAUAUCGACGUUCAUCACGGCGACGGCGUAGAACAAGCGUUCUGGUCAACCGAUCGCGUGCUGACGGUCUCAUUUCAUAAAUACGACAAGGACAACUUCUUCCCCGGCACCGGCGCACUCGACAGCAACGGCCCAUCUCACCCUCUAAACCCCGGUUCGCGCCACGCCAUCAACGUACCUCUCAACGAUGGCAUCGAGGACGGCGAUUAUCUCCAACUCUUCAAAGCCGUAAUUAGUUCCUGCGUUGAAACCUACAAUCCAGGCGCAAUCGUCCUACAAUGCGGUGCCGAUAGUCUGGGUUGCGAUCGACUGGGUUGUUUCAAUCUCAACGUCACGGGUCACGGCGCCUGCGUCGCAUACACCAAGACAUUAGGUCUACCCAUGCUCGUCGUCGGGGGUGGAGGCUACACACCACGCAACGUAUCUCGCGCCUGGGCCCACGAAACAUCCAUCCUAAUCGAUGCCGCCGAUAAAAUCGACCCAAAUAUCCCGGACACAGUCACAUUCCGCAACCAAUUCGCUCCCGAUUACAGCCUCUUCCCACCGUUAAGCGAAAUGCGAAAAAUCGAAAAUAAAAACUCAAAACAAUACCUCAAUAAUCUUGUUGCGACUAUUCGUGAACAACUUCGAUAUAUGCAAGGGGCACCCAGUGUACAAAUGAGUUUUGUGCCGCCGGAUAUUCUGGGGCUGAGGGAGGAAGUGGAGAAGGAGCUUGAAGAGCAGAAGGAGGACAUGGAUGAGGAGAAGGGGGAGAGGGAGCAAGGGAUUAGAUCUUCGGCGGGUGCGUCGUUGUCGCCGGGGGAGGCUGCGUCGAGGGUGUCGAGGAGGGAGUUGGAGAGGGGGGUAGGGACGAGGGGGGAGUUGUCUGCUUGA